CUGGCCUUUAAGUUGUUAUGUAUGAUAAGAUUAUUCUUACUUUUUAUUAUUACAUCUUGUCAGUUAUUUCUUACAAAUUUUAAUGAUCGAUAACUUCAACCUUUCGAUUUUAUGAAAAGAAAAAGAGUGAAAAAUCUAAUAAUCAUACUUUAUGAUACAUUUGAUUAAUUAAGUGACGAAUUACAAUUUAGAAUAAAUGACAACAUGCUCUAUAUAUAUAAUAUAUAUAUAUAUAAAAUAAUAAACUACAUUUAGUACAUAUUUAUAAAUUAACCUAUUGUAAAUAAAUACGAAAAUUAAGUAAACUUGGAGAAAAAGGUAUCACAUAACCUAAGCGUGAUGGCUUGUCAAAUUAAAGGAAUAGCAAACAUACCAGAUGUGGAUACUGUAAAAAAAUUGCUUUAUAGUGACGCUAUUAGCAAAUUCGAAUAUAUACCAAGUGACGAGUUACCUCUUCGAGACUGUAAUAUAGCGCUAUCAUCGGCUGGUGAUGUUCUUACAAUAGCUUGGAACACAAAAAUGAUUAUAUUUGUUUCGAAAUGGGACUCACAAGAAUUAGACGAGGUAAAGAAUAAAUUUCACGUAACGUGGCAUGGACAAGUAACAGAGGAAGCAAAUGAAUGGGUAACAUCGGUGAUCUGUUUACCUUUGAUAUCCUUGGGAAAAGCUGCAGGUCCAGAUUGGACGUGUAUAGCUGUUGGAUAUAAUACAGGUUUCGUCAGAUUCUAUACCGAAACAGGUGCGUUUCUCUUGGGAGAACAAAUACAUAAUGAAUCGGUUCUAGGAAUAAAGUGUCAGUCGUUUUGCUUACCCAAACAUGUCGGGGACGCUGGUUCUAGUGAAGAGAUAUACGUUUUGUACAACAGUGGUGUUUGUAUAUUACCAGGAUUUUCAUUAUUUUCAACUUUACGUGCUUGUAGAAAUCAUUUGGCUAAAGUUCAAGCGAAUUGCAAUGAUUUACCACCAGUUACAAAUUUGUCGUACAAGAAAUGGACGUUCAAAAAUCAAGACGUUGCGAAUGAUUUAGAAGUGAUUGGUACAACGUCGAUAAAUAGCUUUGAUCAUUUAAUGACAGCUUCGAUAUGCGGUGGAUAUAACGCGACGUACAGAUCUAGUGCGCCGCAACACAAUCUAGUCCUUGCGACGGGAAAACGACCGUUUGUAGGAUUUCAUUAUGCACUGGAAGGUGGUAAUGCACCGGUCCUGUCGGAUGUUGCCAUCGCUAUGGCUAGCAAACUAGCUAACGUUAUUGGUACUGCUGUGCCGUGGUUUCGUGGAAAUUCCAAGAGUGCAACGUCUGAAGCGUCGUCGAAGGGUACUAGCCACGAAUCUAUAGAGACAAUGACGUGUCGAUUUGGUUUGAGCGAUAUUAUGAGAGAAGGCGAUUGCGUUGUUUCCAGUCCAAAUAAAAUGUUUUCGAUAAUAUCGGACGCUAUGGGCAGAGUAAUUCUCUUGAAUAACAAAAAGGGUAUCGCUGUAAGAAUGUGGAAAGGAUAUCGCGAUGCUCAGUGUGGUUGGAUCGAAGUUUCCGAAGAAAGAGAUCGUGAAAUACGUAGGAAUGCUGAUAAAUCUGGACGUAAAACUUUAUUCCGCACCGCUCUUUUUUUAGUCAUUUACGCGCCGAAGAAGGGUGUGAUAGAUAUUUGGAGUAUACAGCAGGGUCCAAAAAUUACUACUUUUACCGCUAGCAAAAAUGGACGAUUACUAUAUAUUAAUUAUGGUUUUCUGGGCACGAAUGAUAAUGCCGUUUUAUCGAGGAAUAAAGCACAACACUCUUGUGUGUUUGUUGAUCCACUUGGAGGAUUAAAAGAGAUUUGUGUUCCAUUUCACUUUGCACUUAAUAGCAAAAACGGAAAACGCGCACGCGACAUACAUCUACUUAGGAAACUUAGAACGUUUCUGAGAGAAGAGGAGUUUAAUGAAGAGAAAUUAAUUUUCGAGAUUACUAACACUUGUCUUGGUUUAGAAACGAAUGAGGUUCGGAUACAAACGUUAGAGGUUUUAAUGAACAGCAAGCAUAUUUUACCAGACGCUUUACUGGCUGCGACGAGUUGUUUUGCAGCAAAACUAGAAGAAAAAGGACAAAGGAAACAAGCGGGAAUGGGAGAAAGGCGACGAGGAAGAAAAGGAGAAGAAGAGCAAAACGAAAAGGAAGAAGAAAAAGAAAGAUUGGAGCCUACCCUCGAGAUGCUUUGUCAAUUGAUAAUGCAAUUACAGCGAAUAGUUAAAUUUUAUAAAUAUGUCGAGUCUCAACUUGAUAUACCACCCGAGUGCGGUAUUACAACGGUUGAUAAUACAACGAGUGCUAAAAGUUUAUCUUCGAUAUUAUUAACUUCGGAAGAAGAAGUAAGCCGUGUUGUUAAAUUGGCUGUGAUAUUGAACAACAUGAUAGAUGGUAACAUUUCAGCAGAAACUAAAGUAAAAUUUAGAGAUGGAAAUGUGUUUUCUGACUUUUUAUCGUGCUUCGAAUUGGACAAAUCGAGAUUGAUUGAGCUACGAAAUGAUGUAAAAGAAGAAAAUGUACAUGAGAUUUCGCGAUUGAUAUAUCAAGGAGUGAUGUCGUCCGAUGAUGUGAAAGAGCAAUGGCAGCGAGCGGCUAAAGAGAGUAACAUUCGACCGUUUAUUUUCAUGAGACUGGCAUUGAUAUAUUGGAUGCACAAGGAAGAAGCUACGUUUUCGGAAAUCAAAUUGAAACGCCUUACGCAGUUGCUGCGUGUUAUUUGUUUGUUAACUGAUGUGGAAGAGAUAAGUGUCGAGUAUAAUGAGGUUUCUUCAUGGUGGAAAAGCGUACGCGCUAUUUUGACGGAAUCUACGAAACCUUUCAACGCAUUUACCGCUGCGUUAGCAUGCAGAGCGACUGCUAUAGCUCUAGAAAAGUAUAAAGAAAAAUUGCAAAAUGAAAAACGAUUUGGUAAUAAUGAAAACCAAGAUGAACAAGAUAUUAAAAAUGGAAAUAAUCCAACUAAAAUAGAUGAAAUGGAGAGUAAACCGACGAAUGAUAUCACACCGGACGAUGAAACGUACAGUUCGAUUAGCGAAUGGGAAAAUGUCAGUAAUGACACCUGUCAAUUCACAUUGUUGAUCGGUAAUCUUGAGGACGUUGCUAUUUUGAAUGCCAUUAUUAGUCAGCGAGUUGUAUCGGACGAGACGACACGAUUUUUUGCCCUGCCAUUUACGAGGAGUGACAUCUGUUUAGCAUCAAUCCUCUCUAGAGGAAGAGGGUCAGUGUCUGAAUUGGUUGCGAAAUGGAUCAGCACAACUGGUAUCAAUCCAGCGCGGUUAAUCGACACGACCGAUGUGGAAUUCGAUCAGUUGCAAUCAUCGAUAGAUAAUUAUUUGCAACCGACCGAUACGCUGAGUGAAGCGACUGCUGUCCAAGUACCUCGACAGGAACGAAUAAAACUUGUUUCUUUAUCAGUAGAAAUCGAAGGCGAAGCAAAAGUCAACGCGACUACGGAAGCGUGCAUUUUAGACAAUAUGACCUUGCUUAAACGCCAUUUUCCGUACAGUUUAACGAGCAGUGUUUUAUUAGCAAAUUUAUGCUGGGAGUUUGCCAUGUCGUGGGAUAAAGAUGUUACUCAGCUUGACUCCCUCGCAACUGCCUUGACAGUUUUGCGACAAAUACCUAUGAAGAAUAUGAGACACGGCGUCUGCUGUCUGUUGUGGACGCUUCAUAUAAAAAAGAGAAUGGAAGCGGUGGCCAAACUGAUGAACAAACUCGGAAAAUUGCCAAAGGAGAGAUUAUGUAUGCAGGACAUUGGUUUAUCUGAUAUUCAAGUGACAAUGUUUUUACAACAUUGUGUUACUUUCUUGGAUAUAUUUCUCGAUGCUGAGAUACUCGAACGAGGAGAUGGUACGAUAAUAAAGUCGGAAGAAUUGUGGGACGGAUGUCUCGGUGGACCGCAAGCGUUUGCCGUGUUAGCUAUCUCCCAGACUCCAGCUUGGUACGACUUGAUUUUGUUACACGUACAAGUGGCUAAUGUCCUAUACAUGAUAGCAUGUCUCAAUUUGAAAAUGUUGAAACCAUUAAAUAAUCUAUUCGAAUCCGUGGUACAGCCCUAUCUCUUUCAAGACAUAACGGACAAAGUGUUGCUGACGUGGUACCGAGACGACAAGAGAGAUAACAUACGUACAGAAUUUUUAUGUAAAAUAAUCACAGCAUCAAUGGAAUUUAUUCAUCGAGAGACCACCGACGGGGUGACAAUUAGUUCGACACAGGCUAUCUCGUGGAUGAGCAAGUGUCAAACGUUAGCAUCUAUCUGGAAAAUUAAUAACGACGAAUUAAGAAUACACCAAACCUGUCAACUGUACAUAAACGGUUUUGAUCGUUUAGCCGAAGAGGUAACUACAGCGGUAACCGAUAUUGAACGCUUGGCUGCGAACUUAUUGCCUAUAGCUGGAAGAAGAAUGAUGUCAUAUCUCUCAAAAACGCCUAAUCUUCUGGAAGAAAUGUCACGAAUGAGUCCAGCGCUUACGAGAUACUUGGAAAGCCUGAAUAUACCUGAAAUAGUGUGUACAAAUUGUUCGAAUGCCGAUACUAUGGAGUUGAUUCGACGAGUAUCUAUGCAUCUAUCUAAGACGCACUGUGAUUAUCAUAUUAUAGUUUUAAUGUUAGACGCAACAUUUAUUUAUGAGGAUAACAACUAACUUCAGAUUUUGUAAACUAAGUCCUGUAAUAUCAUGGAGCAAAAAAUUAAAAAUAGAAAAAUUUUAUCGAGCUGUACGACAGCUGUGUAUUAACAUAAUACGGAGGAGAACACACUUGAAGCCUUUAUUUUCUAUCAAUGAAAAAGUGAUAGUAUUGACGUCUGCACGUGAUGAUACAAAAGUUAAUGAUAAUUGAAUUGCUAAGUCGUAAAUAAUGAAAUUAUUAUGUACUUUUCGAUAUGUAUUAUAGAUUAUUUAAAUCGAAACGGAAUUACGAGCUAUUUCAAGUUGCAAUUACAAUCUCUACACUCUCUGAUUCAAGGACUGCAAUUGGGUACCUAUAACUAUAUAAUACUUAAUUGACGUACUAUUAUAUCACAGGACAUUAGUUGAUCUUGUUCUAAAAUGUAUGUAUACAUAGUUUAUUUGAACAUACGAUAUAUGUAUAAUUUUUUUUAUCUAUGUGGAAAGUCAUUGAGUUUAAAUAUUCCAUAUUUUUCCAUAAAUAUCCCAAUUAUCAUAUGUAAUCAGAUGUAAAAUAUUUCUUUCGGAUAUAUAUUUCGUUAUGAGUAACAA